CACUGGUGUGAGAAGUGUAGUCAGUGUGAAGUGUGAGUGGACUGGAGACAUGGACGCUGGUCUUUUGGUUUUAUUUCUGCUGCUCAAUGUCACCACUGCUGACAAAAGCCGCACCUCCAUUCUCGUCUCCUCCAGGAAGCCAGAAGGGUCAAAUGUCACAGCCAGCGGCCCUUUGCUAUCAUCAACGCAAACUAGCGACCCUUCAACUUCUAUUACAAGCAACCAGUCCACGAACGUCUCAUCAGGAUGGCAACAUGCUACCCCCUCAUUGUCAUUGCCGAAGCAAAUUCAAAGGUCAUCUGACAACGCAGUGACCGUUUCUCUGGGCAACACAUUCACCGCUAAGACGCCGCCUACCACCGCACGUCUUUCGCUGCGCACAUCAGAGACUCAGCCUCUACCGUCAAUGAGGUCUAGAAAGCCACCUGACUUGUCACACAGGUCACCAUUACCACCGACAUCAGCAGGUCGGCGAUCAUGGUCAACAAGUGUCAAGGCCACGUUAGCCCCGCCCACAACCGUGAAACCCGCAAUAGCCACUGAACUCAGUGGACCGCUUUUAACAACGCCUGUGAGUACACCUUCAACCUCACCUGAAAGCACAGCAUCGACCUCACCUGGAACUGAAACCACACCCUCAACCUCACCUGUGAACGUGUCUUCAACUUCACCUGUGACCACACCUUCAAGCCCAACUGUAAUCAUGGCUUCAAUCUCACCUGUGCCUCUGAUCACAUCUUCAACCUCACCCGUAACCAUGCCUUCAACCGCGACCAUAAACCGAUCUUCAAACUUACCUGUGAGCAUGCCUUCAACAACACCUGCAACUUCAAAUGUAACCAUGGUUUCAAACUCACCUGUGACCAUGCCUUCGACCGCAACUAUAAGCAUGGCGUCAAAUGGACCUGUGACCAAACCCUCAAUCACAGAUUCAAAUUCACCUGUAAAUGUCCCUUCAAGACCUGUAGCAACUCUGGCUAGAAUCACGCCUUCAACCUCACCUUUACCUGUAACUAAACUUUUAACAACACCUAUAGCAACACUGUCAAACUCACCUGGAAGUAUUCCUUCAACCUCACCCAAACCUGUAAACAAACCUUUACCAACACCUAUAACAACACAGUCAACUUCACCCGUAACGAUGCCUUCAACAACACCUAUAACCACACCUUCAACCUCACUCAAACCUGUAACCAAACCUUUAACAACACCUAUAACAACACUGUCGACUUCGCCUGUAACCAUGCCUUCAACAACACCUAUAACCCUGUCCUCGACCUCACCCAAACCUGUAACCAAACUUUUACCAACACCGAUAACAACACUGUCGACUUUGCCUGUAACCAUGCCUUCAACAACACCUAUAACUACACCUUCAACCUCACCCAAACCUGUAACCAAACCUGUAACCAAACCUUUAACAGCACCUAUAACAACACUGUCGACUUUGCCUGUAACCAUGCCUUCAACAACACCUAUAACCACACCUUCAACCUCACCCAAACCUGUAACCAAACCUUUACCAACACCUGUAGCAACACUGUCAACUUCACCUGAAGCCAUGACUUCAACAACACCCGCAACCACGCCUUCAACUUCAUCUGUACCUGUAACCGCACCUUCAACACCGCCUCUGAGCACGGCACUGAGCUGUUCCGCUAAUUUCACGCUAGUGAAGGCCACAGCGGAUUCAAUCAUGCUGACCUUCAGCACGCCACAUUUGUGCUCGAGCUUCUCAGUGAUGGUGCACAACAGCGUUGGCGACUGUGAGCCAGCGGGGCAACUCAGUGAUGCCUUCACAUGUGAAAUGGCCUCACUCGAGGCGGGGACUUUGUACCACCUGAGCGUCACCUCUGCUGUGAACGGAGGGGGAGGCAACGUGUCAGUGCGCACAGACCCGCUUGGUCCGACCCAGCUGGAAGUCCACAAGAAUCAGAAUGAUUCCUCAAGCCUGCUGGUAUCCUGGUCUCCUUCCAAGGGUCACGUGGAUUGGUAUGAUGUAAUUCUAGAGGACUCUGGAUCCGAAUCUAUCCGCAGGGUGCGUGUAUUGGGAAGCGCGCCCUCCCAGUUGGUUUUUGGGUCUCUAGUCCCUGGCACUCGGUACAAGGUGGGGGUAAUCGUGACAUCUGGGGAGAAGAGCACGGCACCUGUGCACGUGUUAGCAUAUACAGCUCCCGCCUCGGUGUCCAACUUGAAGCUGGAGAACAACGGCCGCACCAACCAACUGCGUGCCUCCUGGCACCCACCUGUAGGGGGCGUCAACUUUUACCAUGCGACCCUGUCAGCCAAUGGCGCUACCCCCUUACAACUGCACCUGAGUCCAAAUAUAACCGAGGCGGUUUUCCAGGACCUGACUCCAGGGCGCCACUACCAGCUGUCACUGCGCACUCAAACAGAAGGAGGCACCGCGGAAGCUAAGACUAGCAUGACAACAGUUCCUGACGCAGUGUCGGUGUUGUCUGCUCGUUCUUUGUCUGAUGGCACUGCCUUGAGUCUCACUUGGAUGCCCCCCGAUGGCGACUGGGACAACUACAGUGUGUGGCUGUGGAACGGCUCCAUGGUUCUGCGUAACGAAACUGUCAGCAAGCUAAGCAGGCACUAUGUAUUCUUUGUCCCCAGCCUGGGUCUGAUACCAGGCCGGGCCUAUGGCGUGGCAGUCACGGUUCACAGUGGGACUAUGAGUAACACGGCGCGGUGUCAAGGACGACUAGCUCCUCAGCCGGUUCAGCAGCUUCUCGUCAGUCAUGCCGACGAGUCCACCAUCAGCGUCCAGUGGCAUAGUCCCCUCGGCGAGUGGGAUGGCAUCAUGGUGGUUCUCCAACUAGCCAAUACAGACUCAAUCAUAGCUCAGAAGCUUCUCCCCCAGGAGGCCAAAGGUUGCACCUUUAGCAAGCUCUCAUCAGGACGUCUGUACACCAUAAGCGUGACAACCAGUAGCAGCAACCUGAGUAGCUCUGCUUCUAUCAACACAUGGACCACUCCAUUUCAGGUCAACAGGCUGCAGGUUUCUAACUUGGGAAGCACUGAGAGCCUCCUAGCUCAGUGGGAUCAAACUAGCGGGGACCUAGACAUGUACCUGGUGCUGCUGGUCCACAAAGGCAGCGUCAUCAAGAACGAGAGUGUGGCAGCGGACGCCACCAGUCUCAGCUUCCAUGACCUGAAGCCUGGCGCCCUUUACAAAGUGGUGGUGACCACUGUCCGAGCAGGACGUAUAUCCAGGCAGUCUGUGGCUGAGGGACGCACGGUCCCCGCUGCCGUCGGCGAGGUAACGGUCAGUAACAACGGCCGCACAGACUUCCUUAGCGUGUCAUGGGGUGCUGCUCCAGGUGAGGUGGACAGUUACCUGGUGACCCUGAAGGACCGAGACAAGACGCUUCACACGCUUGUCGUCUCCAAAUCAAGUCACGAGUGUGUUUUUAACUCGCUUGUGUCCGGUCGCCUCUACAACAUCUCCAUCUGCACUCGCAGCGGAACCUUCCAGAACUUCACCUCUGUUCUACAGAGAACACAACCCUCAAAAGUCCAGAACCCUACAGCGAUACAUGGGGCCCGUGACGACUUCCUGAAGGUGUACUGGCAUCCUGCGUCUGGAGACUUUGACUUAUAUCAAGUGUCCAUCAAGCACAACAAUGUUAAGUUGCAGAACCAGACGGUGCCAAAGAUGCAGAAUGAGUGCGUCUUUCACAAUUUGGUACCAGGGCGACUCUACACGGUUGUAGUGAGCACCUGGAGCGGGACCUACGAGACCAGCACCUCCACUCAUGGUCGCACCUUCCCAGCGGCCGUGCGCUCCUUGUACAUCGCCAAGCAGACCUCGGAGGACCUUCGGGUGGUGUGGUUGGCAGCCCUGGGUGAUGUGGAUCACUACGAGGUGCAGCUGCUUUUUAACGACAUGAAAGUGUUCCCUCCGAUCACUCUUGGUAGCAGCGUGGGAGAGUGCGUGGUGUCUUCGCUCACACCUGGACGUCUCUACAAGAUCCUGGUAUCCACUUUCAGUGGCCCCAACCAGAGGACGCAGUUCAUAGAGGGCCGCACAGUACCCAGUCAAGUAAAGAACAUCCUUGUGAGUAAUGGCGGAGACAGCGGCAGUCUGAAGGUGAGCUGGACGGCGGGUCAAGGAGAUGUGGACCGGUAUGUUGUGGUUCUGUACAGACAGAACCGUCAACUAGACAUACGCCCCGUCCUCAAACAUCAAAACCAGGUGGUGUUUGGCUCGCUGCAGCCCGGUCAGCUGUACGGAGUGACAGUGCAGGCCAUCAGUGGCGAGCUGUAUAACAAUGACACAGCGUACGGGCGCACAGUCCCGUCAGCUGUGACAGCGCUGCAGGUGGAGAACCCUACCGGUACCGGCAGCCUGCAGGCGAGCUGGCAGGUAGCUGCAGGUGUCUCGGACGGCUACUUCCUGCAGUUACUUGAUGAACAAGGUGGUGUCUUAGUAAACGCCACGCUGCCCCCUACGUGCACCAAGCACAUUUUCAACAGUCUCACCCCAGGAAGGAAGUACCGCCUUCUGGUACAGACCAUCAGCGGGGAACUCCAAAGCACUGGGGUCAGUGCCCAAGCUUGCACACGCCCUGCGGCCGCAACUCAUCUAUCACUCAAGAGCAACACCACCACCAGCUUAUCCUUCCACUGGAGUCGGCCAGUGGGUCACUUUGAUUCGUACGACAUAUUACUGUACAAUCAUGACAACACCUUGCACGAGCGACGUCGUGUUCCACCUUCCAGCCAGGACUGCUUUUUCCAGGGCCUCCGUCCUGGUUCCGCAUAUAAAAUGGUGGUUGUGGCGCGAAGUGGAGAGCAAAGCAAUGACUCUAGCGUGUGGGUCAGAACAGUCCCGCCAGCUGUUACGUCACUGCAGGUUCAGAGCAGGAACCAGUCGGACCUCCUGCAGGUCAACUGGAGACAGGGUGAAGGUGAAGUGAGCAGUUACCUCCUGACGCUCUACGCUCCUGAUGGCUCACAGCAGGCGCAGAAACAGCUACCGCCGGAGGUCACGGAGUUUGUUUUCAGCCACCUCAAACCCGGCCAACUGUAUCGCGCUGAGGUGCUGAGUCGUAGCGGCGAGCUAACAAAUGGCGCCAGCAUCCAGGGCCGAACAGCUCCCAGACAGCCAAGCUCAUUGCUGUUUGGAGGAGUGACAAACACCUCGUUGGAGGUCACCUGGACGGCCCCCAUUGACUCCGACUAUGAUGACUUUGACCUGCAGUGGACGCCGCAGGACAUGGUGACCAUCAUCAACCCGUACGAGAGUCGCACAUCCGGCAGUCGGAUCCUGAGAGGAAUGUUCCCGGGACGCCUUUACAACUUUACCCUGCGUUCCGUCAGUGGGGGUACACAACUCGGGGUGCCGCCUUCCUACAGCGUACCUGUCCAAAGCAGCAUUCGCACCAAACCUUCGCCUGUACAUGGCCUGCACUGCCGCCCUCAGAGCUCUACUUCCAUUUCCUGUUCCUGGGUGCCCCCGGAGGCCGAGUUUGACUCCUACACCAUUGAGUGCGUGCACAAGGGCUCGCAGAGUUUGGUCUACUCACGCCGCACACGCCGCCUAUCCACCACCUAUGUUAUCAGUCAAUUGGAGCCCCACAAACACUACACUGUUUGGGUCAAGGUCAUCUCUGACGCCACCACUAGUGAAGCGGCGCAUGACAGUGCGGUCACCAUGAUCGACCGUCCUCCAGUGCCGCCCCUCAGCACUCGAGUAGACUUCACAUCAGUGCUGGUCACCAAGUCGUCAAUCUUCUUCACGUUCAAUUGUAGCUGGUUCAGCGAUGUCAACGGCGCCGUCAAGUUCUUCACCGUGCUUGUGACAGAGUCAGAAGGUGUGGAUGGCGAGCAUCUAGACCGGCGCCAUCCACUGCCCUCCUAUGUGGACUACAGCUCCAACAGUUCCAUCAAGUCCUACCAGACGGCCGUCUUUGCCAGCAGCUCCAGUGACACUUGCAGCUUUGAUAUAACUUUGGGAACAGGAAUGGACUCGCUAGGGGGAUCCUGUGACCGCCCAGACCUGCGUUCUGAUCUACGGACCGGUAUAAGGCACUUCUGUGAUGGACCGCUCAAACCCAAAACCUCUUACAGGCUCAGCAUUCGGGCAUUCACACAACUCUUUGACGACUCUUCUCCGCCAUUGUACGCCGACACCUUCCUGUCGCUACCUGUCGUGACGGCAGCAGACCCUCUAAGCGGCAUCAUAGAAGGUAUCAGUGCCGCUGUCAUCCUGAUGGCUGUCAUUGCAAUAGUUGCAACGCUCCUCAUCUACAGGCGCAACAAACGCAAAGUUGUGCAGGAGAGAGCAGCAGUCGAUAUGUGUGUGAGAAGAGAGCGACCGUCACCACGGGGUCACCUGGGAGUUAGAGGGAAGCGUCGUCACAUGAUCAGUCCCAUCAGCGCAGCUGACUUUGAGCGUCACUACAACAAACUUCAAGCUGACGCCCGCUUCCUGCUUUCGGGCGAGUACGAGAACCUGAAAGAUGUCGGUCGAAACCAAGCGUUGGACUCAGCUCUGCUGCCAGAGAACCGUGGCAAGAACCGAUACAACAACAUCCUGCCUUACGACUCAACAAGAGUGAAGCUGUCAUACGUGGAUGAUGACCCCUGCUCAGACUAUAUCAAUGCCAGUUACAUCCCUGGAAAUAACUUCCGUCGGGAGUACAUUGCCACCCAGGGGCCGCUGCCAGGAACCAAAGAUGACUUCUGGAAGAUGGUGUGGGAGCAAAACGUGCACAACGUGGUGAUGGUCACCCAGUGUGUUGAGAAAGGCCGGGUCAAAUGUGAUCACUACUGGCCGCAGGACCAUGAGCCUCUUUACUAUGGAGACCUGAUUGUCCAGAUGCUGUCUGAGUCCGUUCUUCCUGAGUGGACCAUCCGAGAGUUCAACAUCUGCAGCGAGGAUGAUCUGAGGUCUAUCCGACUCAUUCGGCACUUCCACUUCACCGUGUGGCCCGAUCAUGGGGUCCCAGACACGACCCAAUCCCUGGUGCAGUUUGUCAGAACUGUUCGAGACUACGUCAACAGGAGUCCUGGUUCUGGACCCACUGUGGUUCACUGCAGCGCCGGUGUGGGUCGUACAGGAACCUUCAUUGUUCUGGAUCGUGUUCUGCAGCAGUCGGACAACUCAGACAUGUUGGACAUUUUUGGAUGCGUUUUUGAACUCCGUCUUCACCGCUCACACAUGGUGCAGACAGAGCGUCAGUACGCGUUCCUUCACCAGUGCAUCCGUGACGUGUUGCGAGCCAGGAAGUUGUGUCACGAGCAGGAUGACAUGGUUGUGUAUGAAAACGUCAACUUGAGUGAGAGGCUGCAUGUGAGACAUUCAGACAAUUUCAUCAUCUGAUACUGUAUGUUCCAUUAAUUGUGCAUGGGGCCUUACGGUGAUGUUGCAGUUACCAUGUUUGCCUCCAGUCAGGAUGUACCCAGCAUAUCACUCGCUAGGAUCCUAAUUAGUGACCCUAAUGAGGAAGCCUAUAGAAAAUGGAUGGACGGAUAAUGAUGCCUGUGUGUACAUAUUGUGGUUGAUUGUAAUGCAUUUUUUGGCACAUUGCUUACUGUUCAGAUUUAUAAAAGAUUCACCUCUUUAUAUAUAGUUUUAUAUAUUUUAUUUAUCAGACAAGGUAUAAUCAUUAUUUUGAUAUUAUAAAGAGAUGUAUUAUGUUUUGUAUUUUCAAUAGAUGUAAAUGUGACAUUUGGUAGUCUCUUUUAAUAAAUCAGCUAAUGUG